AUUAAGUAUGUAAUCUCUGAUACCUACAAUACAUAUGGUCAGCGAUACACAGUUGUGUCGGGUACUCGAUCGGGUUAAGAUCUACUUAGACAGCUAGUUCAUUUUAAAAUGGAAUAUGUGUAUGAUCAGCGAUAAAAAUUAACAAAGGAAGCUCCUGAACGUCGAGAAAGUACGAAAGACAAAUGGUGUAUCAACGCGGAAACCAGAGGGAAGGUUCCCCACAUUACGUGUUUUUAUACUCCGAUGAUGAUAACAGUGAAGAUGAUGAUAACAUCCCUCUACAACCACGAAACAAGACUGAAUCAGUGCCACGUAAGGUGGAAGUAAUCAAUGUUCCACUGAAGACAGAGGACACUUUGCAGGCUUUGGCACUGAGAUACAGAUGCACAAUAUCUGAGUUGAAGAGGAUCAAUAAGAUUCAUAAAGAGAACGAGAUACACGCAAGAAGGUUCAUAAAAGUACCCAUUCAACCAUUUUCACUGUUGACUGAAACUUUGGGGGAGAGUCAAAUUGAGCCAGCAGGUCGAAGUGAAGUAAGUAUAUCUGCUCCUGAUGAAGAGGCAACAAGUACAUCCACAAAAAAUGCAUUGUUGGAUGUAACAAAAAAUCCAAUUGUAACUGAACCGCCAAAAACAGAGAUUAAUGCAAUUAUAUUGAAUUCAGUAUGUGAACCUUUAUCAUUAUAUAAUAGUAGUAAUUCUUUAGAAAUUGCUAAUAUAGACUCUGACCCACUGCUUACUUCAAUAGAUUGUAAUUCCAGUAACACUCAUUUGACAGAUAUAUUUAAGUGUUCUGGCGAUGAUUGUGGACUAUCCUGGAGAGAGCUCCUCGGAUUUUCCUUAUUAUUAGGUUUUGCAGGGCCCAUUCUGUACAUACUUUAUAUAGUAGAAUUCUCUUCUAAGAAUCAUUCAACUGCUAAUCACUAGUAAUACGUUAAC